AUGAGAGUUGUAGUAUCAACGAUCGGUACGCCAAGCUUUAGGACGUCAGAACAUCUUGUCAACAUCAUACAACCAACUCUGAAUAAAAACGAAACAAGGUUAAAGAAUUCGAGAACGUUUGUCGAAACUUCAAAAGGUUGGACGAUCACGCCAGACGAAGUACAAGUUUCGUAUGACGUUGUAAAUCUUUAUCCAUCAGUACCGGUGAAAGAAGCAAUAGAUGUAAUUAUAGAAAUUCUAGCUGCUGAUGAUGAAAUAUGUAUGAGAACGAAAUUGACUCUGGAAGAUAUAGGUUUACUAAUUGAAUUAUGCCUGUCUAAGUGUUACUUUAUAUGGGAAGAUAAAAUCUACCUUCUUCAAAACUCGGGUCCAAUUGGCCUAGCUCUUAUGGUUGUUGUUGAAGAGGCGUUUCUUCAAUAUCACGAAAGAAAUGCAAUUAGUGUUGCCCUCCAACGUAAUCCACCUGUUGCACUGAAAUCGUUUAAAAGAUAUGUUGACGACAGCCAUGCCAGGUUUAUAAAUCUUAAAGAAGCCAAAUCGUUUCAAAACAUUUUGAACGAACAAAAUGACAACAUAAAAUACACGAUGGAAAUUCAAGACCUGACAAAAUCACUACAGUUCUUAGACCUAAACAUUCAAAAUUGUGAUGGAUGCUACAAACUCAAGAUCCACAGAAAAAGCGCUAUUACCAAUGUACAGGUAAAGCUGCACUCUGGGCACGACCCUAAAAUCUUAAAGGGUAUCUUUAUAGGUUUUCUUAACAGAGCCUAUACCAUCUGCAAAGGACAACAUCUGGAAGAGGAAAUUCAAUUUCAAAUUAAGUGUUUUAUGGAAAAUGGGUAUAAUGAACAAGACAACAGAGACGGACAGCAGCAACAAGAUUUAAGGAUAGUAUCAUUGCGCUGGGUGCCAGGAUUGAGUCCAAAAUUACGUAAGUCAUUUCGCAAAGCUGGCUAUAAAACUGUCUUUAAAAGCUCUGCUAAUCUUCAGACAAUAUUGACAUCGAAAAACAAAUGCCAACUACCACCACUAAGUCAACCCGGCGUAUACAUUAUCCCAUGCAAAUGGGGCAAAAAAUAUGUCGGGGAGACGAAGUUGAGAAUCGCUACCCGCUUCGAACAACACAAAGACACCAUCAUUAAAGAAAAGUGGAGCGCAUCAGGAGUUUUAUUUCACUCUAGUUAUUGUAAUGCUGGUUAUGAUUGGGACAAUGCGAAAAUGCAUAAAUUUGAUCGUAAGGUACGCGAAGCAUUGGAAAUACAGUUCCAGGACACGUCACUGCGUAGUGAACAUGGCCUUAAUCUAGACGAUGGUCAGUAUGUGACGACGAAAUUCUGGAAGCCAAUGUUGCGUACCUUAAACGGAAGUCGUUACAGUGACGUCGAUUUGAUGUCAAUGUAA